AGUUGCUUACUGAUGAGGUGAUGAGUGUUCACCCCCUGCACAUUUUGCUAGCAUAGCAUGUACUAGCAUACUCCUACAGUGCUAGCUACUCCACAUUCAAAUUCUCAACCCACUGCCAUAAUAAGAAACUACAAAAAUCAAGUCACCUACUCAAAUUACCUGCUCCCUUCCAGAACUAAUCCCAAGACCAGGGAAAUUCAUUCUUCUACAUAUCCCGUAUCACCAUUCACCACAUGAUCGAUCGCUAGCUGGUUCAUGCCGGAGCUCUGAUCAAGCCGAGGCACAUACCGUACCGGGUGCAGAGCCAGAGAGGAAUCGAAAACCAACCGAGCUAGCAUUGGCAAUGGGGUUCGGCGUGGUGUCCCUGCUCGACGCGGUGUUCCGGCGCGCGUUCACCUCCGCCGGCCUCCGCCCCGGCUCCGCCGCCGUCGACGCCGACACCACCAUCCACUUCUGGGCCCACCGCUCCCUCCUGCCUUCGACGUCGGCGGCCACCACGGAGCAGCGGCGGCGGCCAGUGGUGGUGCUCGUCCACGGCUUCGGCCCGGGCCCCACGUGGCAGUGGGCGGCGCAGGUGGGUCCGCUGUCCCGCCACUUCGACCUGGUGGUCCCGACGCUCCUCUUCUUCGGCGCCUCCCGCACGCGCGCCCCGGCGCGCUCCGAGGCCUCCCAGGCCGCCGCCGUCGCCGCGCUCCUCGCCGGCGGGCGCCACCUCCCCGGCCUCGGCCCGGGGCGCACGGUGCACGUGGUGGGCGCCAGCUACGGCGGGAUCGUGUCGUACCACCUGGCCCGCGCGCUGCUGCAGCGGCAGCAAGGAGGCGGCGUGGAGCUGGGGAAGGUGGCGCUCUGCGACUCCGACGUGACCAAGGGCCCGGAGGACGACCGCGCCCUGGCGGCGAGGGGCGGCGUGGAGGAGGUGACGGAGCUGAUGGUGCCCGCGGACACCAAGAUGAUGCGGCGGCUGACGGCGCUGUCCUUCCACCGCCCGCACAAGUACAUGCCCGAGUGCAUCGCCCGCGACCUCCUCCGGAAAUCCUUGGAGGACCGAAGAGAAGAUAAGAUCGCGCUCAUCGAAGGGAUGACCACAGCGGGAGGCUCCCAGCUUUUGCCUCUGCCUCUGGAAGUGUUGAUCAUAUGGGGAGAGUUCGACCAGAUCUUCCCGCUGGAGAAAGCAUACAAAGUGGAAGAGAAGCUCGGGGAGAAGGCGACGGUGAAGGUGAUUCCGAACUCGGGGCACUUGCCGGCGCAGGAGGAGCCCAAGCUCUUCAACCGCGUCCUCCUCGACUUCCUGCUGCAGCCUUCCAGCUCCAACGGCAUUGCCACCGCGGCUAGCUAGAUUUGGUUCGACGUGGCCCGGUCGGCUCGAGCUCAUAUAGUACUCCAUCCAAUAGCAGUUUUCCAUAGUGUUACUGAAUGGAGAAGGGGAGCCUAUGUGGCACUAUUUCGUAAUAUUAUGCAGUUUUGUAAUGGCUUUUUAUUGCCAAGUGCCAUCCUGGGUCCAUAGCUCAGUGGUAGAGCAUUUGACUGCAGAUCAAGAGGUCACCGGUUCGAACCCGGUUGGGCCCUGUUUUGUGCUUUUUUAUGAAACAAAAAAUAAGUGUCAUUUUGUUUUUGCUUCA